AUCAAAGCCGUUUUAUCAUUGUUUGCGCACGUGACCGAUCGUCGUAAUCGUUGUAAUAAUCGAGUCUCCCACAUCGCUGAUGUUUUUGUCAAUUAUUACAGUGCUCGUCGUGAUGAUUAAUUGAGUUUUCGUCAAGAAAAUCGAAGAUUCCAAUUUCGACCGUGGAAGAUCGAUCGCGCGAAGUUGCAGAUUGCCACAAAUUAAAGAUAUGACAAACGCUCUUUCUUGCAUCGCUAAAUAUCGAUCGACGUCUUCGUCAUGGCUGAACAGUUCGGCUUAAAUAUCGUUCGAGAUGCAUGACAAAUUUUUACGCAAAAAUGUAAACACGAAAUCGUAAACUUACACCUAUCACAACCUGCGCCGCCACAGAAUUGCGCGUGGAAAAAUUUCGGAAUCUCACGAUGCACCAGACUGAGAUGCAAAAUUGAACAUUACGAAAUAUGGGUGACCGAUAGAAGAGGAACACCGCACGCGAACAAUGGCUCGAAACUUCUAAGCAUCCUCUCGUGCAGUUCUCGCCGUCUUCCCUCUCCCCCUCCCCCCGCGUUUCGCAGACUAAAUCAUCGAGAUGGAUCGCUACACUUCGACCUAUAGACGAGACUACACCUGGCCCGAAGUUUCAUGCGUGCGAAAACCUCCACCGCCGCAAAUCGCGAAGCGCGAAGACGCGAGAGGCAUCGCUUGCGUCUGCAUGGAUCCACGGAAAGCGCUCGAAGAAUUAUUACGAAUAUGCCGAAAGUCUUACGAUUGCGACGGUCGUCCGGAACGUCCCUCGAAACUUCACACCGUCAAAGAUAAACAAAGGUCGAAACCGCUCGCAGCAAGAUGUCCCGAUCCGUGCAGAAAAUCUCGCGACGAAGGAUCAGCGCGAGUGAACGCUGAUCGUUUAAAGACCACGUAUCAGGUGGAUUACAGCGAUCCUGCUGCCGCGCGGAUGACGCGACGUGACAAGCCGUCGGCGGUCGUCGAGGGGGAUGGUCAACAACUGCAGUGUUGUCUGCCAAUCAACAUUAUCAUACAAGCUGAUUUUCCGCCGCAUCGUCAUCCCAAAAUCUCGAAAAUCGGCAAAAGUCCGAGAGGCAAGGCGUGCGAUUUUUCACAGAAAAGUAUAUCAAGGUACGAGAAGAAGCACGAGGAUGACGAUAAAUGUCUCUCGCUGUGGAAAUCGAAGUAUCGAGAUAGUAUCGACAGAAUGGAUCACACCAUCAUCAAAGCCGAACUGCACGACGUCAAGAGGAACGUCGUACCGAUGUACAUUACAACCAAUUGAAUUUAUUGGAAAAAUUUGCUAAUGAUCAACUAAAUAUGCGGAAACUUAAUUCGUAGCGUAAUCAGGCAUCUAUGAAUGAAAC